AUGACGCCCACUCGAGACCACAAGGACGUACAGGCAUGGCUUAUCGGAAGCGGUGUCGCAUCGCUUGCGGCUGCGGUGCAUUUGAUUAAACAGGGGAAAGUUCCGGCGCAGCAAGUCCACAUUCUCGACGUCCACCAUGGUUCUGGCGGAGCCAUGAAGACGUCGGGUAACGCGCAAGAGGGAUACGUUCUACACACAGGCGCACAGCCGUACUUUCAUGAGGACUGUGUGAAAGACCUCCUUUCGAUGGUUCCAAGUCUAGGAAACCCGGACAAGACUAUAUGGGAGGACAUCAAAGAGCACGAGUUGUACACGAAGCCAAUUAACAAAGCACACACGCGUGCGAUCAGGGAAACAAAAGAUGGGUUGCGCAACGUUGACAUGCACCAUCUGAGAAUCGGCGCAAAGCUUCGCAUGGAUCUAAUCAGAUUCAUUUUGGAUGGCGAGAGGGGGUUUGACUCAAAGCGGAUUCGCGACGUUUUUGAAGAAACGUUCUUUGAGUCGGAGUUCUGGACUCUGUGGGCAACAACUUUUCUGCUUCAACCAUGGCAUAGCGCCAUUGAGUUUCACAGGUUGCUCCUGAAAUACCUCCCAGAAAUGAACACCCACAACGAUGUGCGAGAGUUGGACAGGACGCCGUUCAGUCUUUACGAAUCGGUAAUCCAUCCCAUAACGACAUUUUUGAAGGACCAAGGAGUUGAUUUUCGGUUCCAUACGAUGGUUACGGAUCUGAAAAUGUACCCUUCCAGUGACCCAACCACGAUUUCGGAGAUUGUGAUGCUGGAAAAUGGAAAGGAAAUGCUUAUCACAGUGGACCCUAUUGACAUAGUAAUCGUGACGUUGGGAUCGUUGUCUACCGGUAUGCAGACCGGAUCUAACACAAAAGCCCCUCCGCCAUGGUCAGGAUCUCCAGAUAUCAUGAAACAUGGAGAUUUGGCAAUCCUUCAAACUUUUUUUUCUACGCGCUCGGAUGAGUCGAAGAUCGAGACAUUCACUGUCACCUUGCGUGAUUCGGGCUUUAUGAAGUGUUAUGCCGAUCUCACUCGGGACAAACCGGGCGUUGGUGCUCUACUCACCGUGGUAGAAAGUCCCUGGGGUUUGAACAUCAGCGUUCCUCACCAGCCUGUAUUCGCAACUCAGCCCAAGAUUGUACAUGUGAUUUGGGGUUACGGCUUACAUCCGGAAAGAAACGGGAAAUACGUCAAAAAGCCGAUGGAAAACUGUUCUGGUGAAGAAAUUCUCUUCGAGCUUCUUUCCCAUUUAGGGUUCCCCGCCGACGAAAUUCUUCCAUCGGCGAUCACAAUUCCUUGUCUUAUGCCGCUUGGGACUUCUAUGCUUCUAUCCCGCUCUUACCAUGAUCGUCCGCGUGUGGUUCCUCAUGAGACCACUAACCUCGCGCUAAUCGGCCAGUUUGCAGAAAUCCCUGAUGACACCACCUACGGUGUUGAGUACAGUGUCCGAGGAGCGCAAAUGGCAGUGUGCAAUCUAAUGAAUCUGGGACACGCCCCGUCGAAAAUUAGGAGAAACAAACUCUUGGAGGUUUUUGAAUUGUUAGUAUGA